CAAAGAGACAGACAGACAGACACACGCACACACACACAGACAGACAGACACAGAGACAGAGAGAGAGAGAGAGAGACAGAGAGACACAGACAGACAGAUAGACAGACAGAGAGACAGAGAGACAGAGAGACAGAGAGACAGAGAGACAGAGAUAGCUAGCUGUGUUUGCACUGCUCAACAGCCUCUAUUUAUAUCCCGGCACUACAGUACAGCCAGAACCAUGUCUAAACGCAGAGCUUCAGUGAUCUUUGAGCACUUUGAUAUACCUGACAAUGCUCAGGCGGUGUGUAAGGCGAAGUGCAAGCACUGCCCAGUGGAAAUGAGCUUCAACAGAAAAGCUACUUCCAACCUCCUCAAUCACAUGAAGAGAAAGCACGCCUCGGUACCCUUGGAGUCUACAUCUAGCCAGGCCAAACAGCGGAAACCACUUCUGAGCGCCCUCACCACACCUACUGAGAAAUGGAGCAGCACUGACCCUCGUCAGAUGCAGGCAGACAGAGCUCUGGUCAGCCUUGUAGCCGGGAAGCUCCUGCCAGUGUCACUCGUGCAGAGCUCCCUCUUCUACGCCUUCAUGCAAGAAACCCAACCAGCCUACAACAUCCCCAGCAGGCAGCACUUUGUCCACUCCCUGCUACGGGAGCAGCACACCCUUCUGCACAAUAAGCUGCAGGAACAUGUCAAGUCAGCCCAGAGUGUUUGCCUGACUGUUGCUUUACGGUUUGGUAAGAAGGCAUCUGCCUACAUGGGCGUCACUGGUCACAUGAUCAUCAACUACGCCCUAAAGACAGUGUUGUUUGCCUGCAAACGUGUCAAGGGGAAACACACAGCUGACAGCAUACUCAAGCACUACGAGCAAACUGUGGCCGCCUACAACAUAUCUAGUAAAAUUGCCAGUGUUGUCAUGGACAACGCUUCCACCGUGGGCCAAGCCUGUGACCUGCCAGGGUUCCACCCACAAGCCCAAGCUUCUCAGGACUCCAGUGACAGUGAAAGUGAUCUGGAUGGCGACAGUGUGUCAGAUGACAGUCUCCUGGAAUCCCUGCCUCAACACGAGAGUUGUUUUGCACGCUCACUUCAACUUGUUGUGAGGGACGGACUCAAGUCAUCGACACAGACCACCAAGGUCCUGGCCAAAGUCUCAUCUAUUGUAGCCCACAUCCGGGAGUCUACAACAGCCACUGACCUCCUGGAAGAGCAGCCCAAGACCCAGGCCACCAACGCUACACGUUGGAAUAGUCAGCUCAAGAGGGCGAGAAGUGUACUGAGCAUCGACAAGGAGAAGCUGGACUCCCUAGAUACAGCUCCCCUCACUGCCAGAGACAGACUCAUCCUCAAGGAUUUCAUCAGCAUCAUGACCCCCUUUGAGGAAGUUGAAGACAGGAUACAGGGAGACAGAGUUGUCACAGCUAGCCUGGUCAUACCCUCUAUCCGUGGGAUCAAGAGACACCUCCGUUCCCCAUCCGAGUACAACAGCAAGCUUGUGACUGCCCUGAUGAGUUCCACUGAAAAGCACCUGUCCAAGUACGAGGACAGGACCCCUUAUCAGAGAGCAGCUGUUCUGGAUCCACGCUUGAAGCUUUGCUGUUAUGAAAGUGACCAAUCAUCACGCCUCAAAGAGGACCUCCUCACUCUGGCCAGCACCUUCACCAUAGAUUCACAUCUCCAGCUAGAUGAGUCUUCUCCCCCUCCAUGCAAGAAAAGCUGCAUAUUCCCCUUCUCUGAAGAUGAGCCCCAGGUUGAUGUCACCAGCCCACAUGCCCAAGAAGUGGAGACCUACCUACAAGAACCCUGCAUCCCCUACAAUCAAGAUCCGCUUGCAUUCUGGAAAGGCAACCAGUACCGAUUCCCCCGGCUUUCCCAGCUUGCUCAGCACUACCUGUGUAUUCCUGCCUCCUCUGCCCCUGUACAGAGGCUGUUCUCUACUGCUGGCAAGGGCUUUCACCCGGAGAGGACAAGGCUGUCUGACAGCAACUUUGAAACUUUGAUGUUUAUUAAGGCUAACAGUGGUUUGGUGUAAAUCUGUAACAUAGAAAAGGGCGUUGGAACAGUGUCCAAAUGACUUGUGCAUGUAUGGAUCUAUAUUUA